UUGUUCGGAACUUCCGCGACUGGUGAUUAAUCCAACCGCUACUUGUCAUCCGUCAGUAGAGUUCAUCUGAAAAAUCCAGAAUCUCCUUUUUAGGGAUCAAGUACUGCAAGUGCAAGAAGGCACUAAACUGACCUGAACUCUAAGCGACUCGAUUAUGGUGAUAUAAUAGUGCCUUUAUCUAAAAUUCCUACAAUUUUGCUAUUCGGACUUGGGGACAACCUAUCCCACAUUUCUAUUAUGGAGAUGAAUAACCUCAGUUUGUUACUGAUAAGCUGUUGGAUAGUAAGCUGUGUUAUAGCACAAAUACCAGAACAGUUGUCUGCACAAAACCCAUGCAUUUCCAAACCGAAUUGUCAUGAAUGUAUUCAAACACCUUCAUGUGCUUGGUGCUUCGAUCCCAAUAGAGAAAGUGAUAGGGCGCGAUGCUUCCAACCUGCCUAUGAUAUCAACCCAAACCAAGAACAAUGCCCAGAAGAGUUCACUUUUAACCCAAAUAGUAUCAUGAGCCUGGUAUCGAAUAUGGCUUUGACAAAAGCUCAUGGAAAGGCAGCUGUAGCUGGGGGCACAAUGGAAUCUGGAUAUUCUUAUUCAAACUCAUCGUCAUCAUCAUAUUCUUCUUCUGCAAGUGCGGGGGAGGAAAGUAAUUGGUCUGAAAGUGCUUCUAAUCAAAUUGUUCAAAUAGCUCCACAAAGGAUAAGUUUGAAGUUACGAGCAAGACAAUCUUAUAGUAUAUACAUGAAUUACACCCAGGCUGAAGACUAUCCUGUCGAUCUCUACUAUCUUAUGGAUCUCAGUAAAUCUAUGGCGGACGAUAAGGAAAAACUGUCGCUUUUAGGAGAUCAGUUAGCUUGGACUAUGAGGAAUAUAACGUCUAAGUUUGCGCUAGGUUUUGGUAGCUUUGUAGAUAAAGUGAGGAUGCCAUAUGUCAGUACAGUUCCUGAAAAUUUGUUACAUCCUUGUCCUGAUUGCGCUGCUCCUUAUGGUUUUCGGCAUAUGAUGCGUCUUUCCAAGGAUACCUGCCGAUUUUCAAUGAUGGUGAAACAAGCAGAGGUGUCAGGUAAUCUAGACGCGCCCGAAGGUGGUUUCGACGCCAUCAUGCAAGCCAUAGCUUGUAGGGAACAGAUUGGAUGGAGACAGAAGGCUAGGCGACUUUUGGUGGUUUCAACCGAUGCCGGUUUUCACUAUGCAGGAGACGGAAAGCUGGGCGGCAUAGUUAAACCCAACGACGGGAAGUGCCAUCUGGACACAAGAGGCUAUUACACCCAUUCGGACCUCCAGGACUACCCUAGCGUAUCUCAGAUAAACGCCAAGGUGAAAAAGAACGCCAUCAACAUCAUCUUCGCUGUGACGGCCGAUAAGACGGCCGUUUACGAACAGCUGAAGUCGCACAUCGAAGGAGCAUCCGCGGCCACCUUGUCCAGCGAUUCUUCCAACAUCGUCGAGCUGAUCAAGAACCAAUAUCAGCAGAUCUCCUCCUCCGUGGAAAUGAGACAUAACGCGUCGUCGGCCUUGAACAUCAAGUUUUUCACCAGGUGUUUGAAUCAGGAUGGCGCCAUGAUCAACACGAACAAGUGCGGUAAUAUAAGGGUCGGAGACAUAGUGAAUUUCAUGAUCCAAAUAGAGGUCGUGAAGUGUCCUAAGAAUCCCAAAGACUGGAAAGAAACCAUCGAGUUCUACCCGGUUGGUAUCAACGAGACCCUGGUUGUGGACUUGGAGAUGUUAUGUUCCUGUCCUUGCGAACAACCCGACAGUCCGAACUACCAGGUCAACUCGCCCCAGUGCCACAACCACGGCACCUACCAGUGCGGCAUAUGCGACUGCAACUUCGGCUCCUUCGGUCGCUUCUGCGAGUGCACCACGGAGAAGAUCAGCCAGAACACGACCAGGGGAUGCAUCCAGCCAGGCAGUCCCAGCGGCCUGGAAUGCAGCGGCAGGGGUAGCUGCAUCUGCGGUAGGUGCGAGUGCGAAGCUAGGGGCUACAACGAGAGGAUCUACGGGCCGUAUUGCGAGUGCGACGACUUCAGUUGCGAGCGACACAACGGCCAGCUGUGCAGCGGUCACGGAGUCUGCGACUGCGGACAUUGCAUCUGUACGAAUGGGUGGUCCGGCAACAACUGCGCCUGUAGCGAGGCCAAAGAGGAGUGUGUGAAUCCUGAAAACAAUGAGGUUUGCUCUGGCCACGGCGUUUGCGAAUGCGGCAUGUGCAAAUGCCAAGUAACCACUGAAGGGAGAUACUCUGGCAGAUACUGCGAGAAGUGUCCGACUUGCUCGGAUAGAUGCGAGGAAUUUAAGGAUUGCGUCCAGUGUCAAAUGUACGAAACGGGUUCCUACAGUAAGGAAGAAUGUCUGGAGAAGUGCAAAUUAUUCACACCUAUACCUGUUGACAAAGUAGUCGUUGACGAAAAGAAAAACGAAAUUUCCUGCGCCUUCUACGAUGAGGAUAAUUGCCGUUACGCCUUUGUGUAUUACUUCGAAGCCGGACAUUUUGUGGUGAGGGCUCAGGAACACAGAGAUUGUCCACCAAAGGUGUUCUUGCUGGGAAUCAUUCUGGGAGUCGUUGCUGCAGUUGUACUGAUGGGCUUGGCCAUAGUCUUGCUUUGGAAACUGUACACCACCUUGCAUGACAGAAGGGAGUUCGCUAAGUUCGAGAAAGAGCGUAUGAUGGCUAAAUGGGAUACUGGUGAAAAUCCGAUUUACAAACAGGCCACCUCGACCUUCAAGAAUCCCACUUACGCAGGGAAGAGUUAGAUCUGAUGGAGUUUAGAGGUUUGUCGAACACUUUAACUGCCAUUUGUUGUUUUUCAACAGUCUUCGGAUGCCAUAUUUGUUCGCAAUUACGAAUAUUAACGUUGAAUAUAACGUUAGUACGUUAUGAAUGGUCUAUUUUCCAAGAAUAUUCCUGAAACGGCUUUUCAUGUAUAGUCUUGAUAGUGCCUUAGAUUUGUACUUCGUACUUAAAGUGUAAUAUUUGUCUAAUAUGUACUCUCGAAUUUUUAACUUUUUACUGUAGAUUAACGCAGCUAAUAUUUUUUGGAAUGUUUUUCGUCCAGGUGCUUCUUGUAGUUUACCGCGUUUUUGUGGAGAGACAAUUUUUUCGAUUCCCAAAAUCUUUAGUGUUCGUGUUUUUUCUUUCAAUUAAUCGCAAAAGUGAAAAGUUGUUUGAUGCUGUUCCCAUGUAGCGUGAGUUGGAAAUAUGGGGCUUUUCCUGUAUAAUUUAGGUUAAAAAAAAUAGAGCAUUUGUCACUAUUGAUUUUGGCGUAUCAUGAACAACAGUGCUUGUUUGAAAACACAAUACUUACCAUAUCCAGAAGUAUCGAAGAUUUUGAAGUCGAAACUCAUAAAUAUCUCAAUUUUCUGUUGAAUACUAUAUGUCGUCAAAAAUGAAAUAAAUUGCUUAUUCAUUUCUUAAAAUACAAACCGUGCCAAACACUCAACACAAUAACGUUUCUGUUGUGCUUUUUGAAUGAUUAUCGCUUAUUAUUUUUUAAAUGGCUGAAUCAUUCGAAUGUAAGUAUCCUAAAGAACCUUCGGUACUUUUAAAAGUAUUUUUGUUUUCACAUAGACGCUGUGUUUAGACACAAAGGCGUAGUAAGUACAAAUUGUUAAUUCAGCUGUGCAUAGAAUAAAUGGGAAUCUCUUCGCCUUAUACGGAAAAUAUAAGAAAGGUAAUUUUUUUAUUCCGAUCUUAUAUAUUUCAAGUUUUUUUAAGUGAAUAACAAAUAUUCAUAUUUAUAUAGACAUAAGACUGAAAUUCAAUAUUGGAAUAUGUUGUCUGCCACAAAUUGAAUUUGCCAAAGACUAAUGAAUGAAGUCCUGAGUUUUAUCUUUGAUUCCUCAUAAACCCUGUGCGUAAAUGUACUCCGGUUGAUAUAAAUCCGUAUUAUGAGAAAUUGUUAGCAUAUAUUUGGGAAUACUUGUUGUUUAUAGCAUUUUUUUAGAUUUGUAAUUAUUAAAAGUUUACUAAUUGGCCUUGAAAGAUUUAAAUAUAUUUAUUAUAGAAUUAAA